AUGGUCCUCCUGGUCCUCUACGUCAAAGCCGAGCUCGAGAACGUCGCGUCCAUCACGUUCCCCUCCGACAUCCAAUACCGCUUCGACGUCAAGGACGCGCAAUCGGACGAGGCGAAGCAGGGGGUGUACCUGUGCGCGGACGAGGUCGCGGAGGUGGACGGCGGCAGAGGCGACGCCAACUUCGCGAUGCGGUUCCCGGACUGCAAGAAGCAGUGCACGGUGUCGUUCACGCCCGUCAAGGGCGUGACGCGCGACACGAUCACCGCGGAGGACAGCGGCGCGUUCGUCCCCAUCAUGGGGUUCGACUGCCGCGGGUUGGAGCUCACGAAGUGGACGCCCACGGAGGGGCUCGUCGUGACGAGCGCGGGGAACACGAAGUGGGAAGGGGUGGACCUGGGCGCGGACCCGGACGGGUGGUUCGAGUACUGCGAGAAGUGCGGCGAGUCUGUCGGGAUCACGGAGCUGGAGUUUGAGUUUAGGACGCACAAGGCGAAGUGA